CAACGAUAUCCCCAAAGCCCGAAACUCUCUAUCACCGGCCACCGGAGAGUCAUGGCCAUCGCAGCGGUCGCCGCCGUGGCCUGGCCGUCGUCGACGGUGGCGUUGGCGCGGAGACUGCCUAAGUGCGCUCUCAAUUCUUUCAUCUCCGCCUCCUACUCCUCUCCUCCUCCUCCUUCUCCUUCGCAUGCUGCGAGGAAGCUCGUCCUCUACUCCAAGCCCGGCUGCUGUUUGUGCGAUGGCCUCAAAGAGAAGCUCCAAGCCGCCUUCCUGAUUUCCGGCCCGGACUCUCUCCAGGACGUCGAUUUGCAGGUUAGGGACAUAACGAGCAACCCGGAGUGGGAGAGAGCUUACCAGUACGAGAUACCUGUGCUGGCCAAAGUUCUUUCUGAUGGUUCUGAGGAAAUUUUGCCAAGAUUGUCUCCUCGCCUCGGAGUGGAGCUCAUCCAAAAGAAGAUAGCUGCGGCAUUGAAACAAUGAGAUUUGCUAGUUCCAUUUGUGAAGACUUGAGCAUUGAAUGCACAAUUUGUUUCACAGGUCUUAUUCCUUUGCUGAUCCUCAACCGUGCAAAUUUUUGUGCCUUACUAUAAGCUACGCUCCUCAACAGAGCUGUAAACAUUUUAACGUUGGUUGCCUUAAUUGUUAUUCAGUUCUCAAUCCUUAUACUCC